UACGCUUACAUGAAAUCAGGGGACACAGGCGAACAAAUCCGGGACCACAAGCUGGCAACGUCAAUCAUCAACUUGCACGGAACUGAGGAUUGCGUUUUGGAUGACCGGUCGUUAGACCUUCUCAAGCAAUUUGUCCUUGGUCGAUGCAACAAAAGGCGUGAGGAAAUCUUGACGGCCCGAGGGUGGAUGGACGAACAUGGUACAAAACCAGGCGAUACGGCUAUCGAAAAGGAUGGAAGUCUUGUCGGAUUACUUAUUGCAAGAUACGGAACAGACGCGGCAGCUCUGGACGAGAGGGACUGGGAGCUGCUUGAAGAGUGGAUGGCGAAAGGCAUGCCACCCGGGGAACAUGUCCAGCGAUGA